AUGCUCAAAUUACCGGAACAGCUAAUUACCGAUGUGCUUGAUCGGCUCGAGCCAGAAGAGCUGGUCACGCUCCAGAGGACGACAAAGACAUUCCGACGCCGAAUUAACCGUCGCGGAUUGUUUCCGGGUCGCGUCGAUGCCCUAUAUAUUCAUGGUCAAGCGCUGAAAGGCAAGCGGAAAAGGGUUUCGCUGAAGACGUUCGAGCUCGGAGUGGAGAGCCGCGGGGGAACGGUGAUACUCGCCCACAACCAGCGCCGCAGCAUUUACCAUCAACGCGACAAAAAG